AAAAAUUUUUCGGCGCCCUCCAAGGCCCCACUUGAGUUAUUUGUCCGCGGAGUAGGAGGGCGUAAAGUCGCCAAUCGCGAAAAAAUUCCCUCCAUUCGGGCCUUGAUUUGAUCGAUCAUCCAUUCAAGGAUCGAUCAUUAUGAUCCUGCAUUAUGGGAAUAAUUGUGAUAUGGCAGGAUUAAUCAAGGUUAUAUUAAUUAUUUUCUGACAUGGGUGAAAAUAUAUUUGACAUCGUUACUUGUUUCUUGGGAACGUGCUAAAAUAAAAAUUCCACGAAAACAAUAACCUAAUCAAUUAAUUUGAGAAUUUUAUUAUAGGUGUUGCGUAAAAUCUCGUUAACUUUGAAAAUGUCAGUGAUUCGAGGAAUCAGGAAAGCUUGACAAUGUACCUUCGGUUUGUGAAAUCCAAGUUAACGUUUUCAGUGGGAUUUAUCAUCGGUUUUACAUCGGUUAUCCUGUACGUAAUCCUUAAUAAUGACAACUCCAAUAACUGUAAAAAACCUGCCCAGACAUUUGCUCUGUGGAAACGGGAAGAAGAGUCACAGCUGGAAAAUCAGGAAGAGAUUUAUCCCUUGUCCUAUAAAUUUUGGUUGAAGAAUCAGAACGUACAGAGCCAUGGAAUCAGUUUGGACGCAAGGUAUGGACCUGUUGAGGCUGAUGAAAGACCUUCAAAGGCAUUAGAAUCUCACUGGCUCAGAUCAAAAGUCCACGUGACAUGUGUAGUUUUUGUUGAAAAACUAAAGCUAGCCCAAUCAAUCAAAUUAACCUGGGGCCCACGUUGUAACGAAGUCCAUUACUUCAGUCAGGAUUUAGAAGAUGCAGCAAUACCUGUUGUCAAAUUUCCAACGAAGCUGUCGUCUUCUUGGCAUUUUUUAUGCUCCACAAUGAACGUCAUCUGGAAUAAAUCAUCAGAUUCUCUAUCAUGGAUUAUAUUCGUUAAAGAUGACACAAUAGUGCUACCGGAAAAUUUGAGAUACUUAUUAGCCCCUUUGGACCAUAAUCGAGGAUAUUAUCUAGGUCAUGGAGUCAUCCUCUGGGGUCAGUCCUACAAUGUUGCACAGGCGGGCUAUGUUUUGAGUAGAGGAGCCUUCAAGAAGAUCAUCGAAGCAUUUAAUACUCACGAUAAGUGUGUGACUGGUGGUAAAUACUGGAAAAAAGAGGAUUAUUACCUGGGGAAGCAUUUAGCAGGAUUCAAUAUUCACCCAGCGGAUACCAGAGAUGGUGAGUUAAGGGGAACAUUCCAUGGGUAUCCACUUCAGACUCUUCUCUGGGGCAUUGCCAAGCCUGGUAACUACUUCACCAGAGCUCUCUAUCCACCUGGAGACAAAUGCUGCUCACCAACGUCAGUCACCUUCAGUAUUUCCGAGCCUGAUAAACUCCACACCAUUGACUACGUCUUAUAUCAUUUAAAUGUUUAUCAGGAAAUCAGCUAUUAUGGAAACAAAGCAGCACCUACACCAGUACCUGAACAGGAUGUGUGGAAAUUAGCUCUCAAAGAGGAAUUCAAUAUUACUGAUGUUGAGGGAAUAUCUGAUGACAAGUUUUACGAUAUUUGGAGGUCCAAGUACUCCGAUCCUUCACAGUUUAUUGAGAAAAAUCAUGAGAAUAUGUCCCAUGUGCUGCAUUCAAUCAUUACUGCUUAUGAAAAUGACAGGCGAAUGGUGAAAAAUCUCCCCUAAUUUACCAUCCAUGAAUCCAUCAUGCGCUUUUAUGGGCUCGCAAUUAUCUAUUCAAAAGAGAAUAUCAAUCAUAAUAUUUAAUGAAUAAUUUGUUUUAAUGACGAUACUCAUGUCGACAAUAACUCAUUUGUUAUAUCGAUUAUUUAAAUGACUGUAUUGUUAUUUUGGAAGUGUAUGAGAUAUAUUUUUCUAUCGAUUUUGAAUUAAUCCGUUACAUUCAAAAACACUUGCAAUAUAAUCUGUAAAAAUUCUAGGGCUCAUCUCAUUUUGAUUAUUAUAAAGUUUCAGUUGCAUAACAGUAAAACAUAACAGUAUUAACUUAUGUAAAAGACAAUUAACAGAUUUUUUAUGAUUUUCAUUACGUUAUUACAUAGUUUAAUAAUAAUUAAUUAUAUCUAUUCUGUUAUUUUAUUUUAGUUCGAGGGAUUUUCAGUCACUCAGGUGAACAUCCGUCCAAAGGUCAUGAGAUUUUUCUGUAUUUAAACGCAUCAAUCUUGUAUAUACAUCCUCGCUUAUUAAUUGAAACU